CUAAACACGUGUAUCAUGACUCUAUGACCUAAACGCAUUUAGCUUUGAAAGCAACACAAAACUCCCACCUCUAUCACAUUUAUCACACUGAGAGCACCCUUCCUGGUGAACACACCAUCUGCGGACAUUGCAGGGCAGCAGUCAUGUGAACGAUGAUGAACGUGAUAACAGCUUUAGCUCUUUCUUGUUUCUUUUCAGGCUGGAUUGCUGUCUCAGGUUCUGAGUUUCAGACCUCAGAGGUGCAGGCAGGUGAAAAUGUCACUCUGCAGUGCACCAAGAUUUACACAUAUGAAGUUCAGACUUUCUGGUUCAGACUGGUCAACGGAACCACAUUCAACUCUAUCGCUUUUAUGCAAGCGUCUAGUUCAAAUGUUAACUACAAUGAUGGAUUUAAAAAUGGAAAAGUUGAAAUGACAAAAACAACCUCUGAUGUCUUCCUCAAAAUCAAACAAGUGGAUGUGUCUGACUCUGGGCUGUAUUUCUGUGGAUUUCUCUCAGAAGGACGUCUAAAUUUAAGCGUCAUGCAAUUAAAGGUUGGAGCCAUCGAUGAGCCUCAGGAUGACAUGGACUGCAUCUCUAAACAGGCUCACGAAGUAGCAAAGCUGACGAGUGUCACCCUGGGUGUUCUGUCUGUUUUCCUCUUAAUGGUCAUCACUGGUCUGGCUGUUCAACGCAGGAAAACAGCUAAAGAACAUGAAAAUACGAAUCCAGAACAAUUUGAGAAUCUGGACCCUGGCACCCUGAAGGAUCCAGCACUGCAAUCAGCAGUAAAAAGACGCGGGAGGCCUGCAGCACAAAAGCAACCAGAAACUCAUGUUAUUUAUACUACCAACAGAUAGACUCAUUUUCCUGUUUGACUGGUGCUAGUGCUGCUUCCUGUUUUUAUUUCUAUUUCCUCUAUACUUUCGGCUGCAUCUGCAUCCCAUCAGCCCCUAUUUGUUUUGUUUGCUACAUAGACUGCCUUCCACUGUAUGCAGGAAGCUGCUGUACACUGUCCUUCAACAGAUAUGAUCGGACACUUUUUUUCAGUAUGUGAUUCUAGAUUUUUCGUUGUGUUUACCUCAACCUCGAACCAGCAGGAGACAGAGAGCCUGCAGCUGAGAGAGAAGUAAAAUUCAUGUUGUAUAAGCUGCCAGCAGAUAGUAACGUGAUAGUAAAGUUUUAAAAGAAGCUGUGAAACCUCAUCUACUUGUUUUGAUUACAUAAUGUCCAAGAUUGCAGACUGUUAGAAGAAUAAUUACAAUUAUUUAAUGAAAGUGUUUAAAACUGCAGACAUGCACCCUUUGAAGACAAAUCUUGCAGGAAUCAUUGAAGCUAUGGUAUAAGGUAUCUUUCUCUGAAAUUAAUUCCAUCAAGUUUUAUAUAAAACACAAAAGUGAUUAUAGUCUGAAUACACUGACAUUUGUAAUUGUUUCACUGUUUCUAGUAUCUUGUAUGAGAAAAGGGGAAGUUUUCUUUCCUGACAUUUGAACAAACAGAAAGUUUGUAGCAACACUGUGUAUCAAAGGCCUUUAGCGUUGCAAUAAAACCACAAACAAAAAUAGCUGAACUGCUUUAACACAAAAGUUUCACAUCUCUCUUUCAGCUGUUUAGGUCAACUGCUUUAAUGCAUUUGAAAAGGGUGACAUGCUUUUAGAGAAAAAACAUACUGGUCCAGUAAGAGGCUCUAUUCUGAAUCCAAAUGCCUUGUUAGCGACAGAGUUUAGAGAAGAAAGGCAAGGCUGGUUUCAUUUGACAGAAAGCAGCAAAACUAAGUUGUGCCUCUUUGAGUCCUUUAAAUUGUUCGAUCCCAGGCUGCUCCAGUCUCCAUGCCAAAUAUCCUUGGGCAAGAUACUAACCCCAUGUUGCUCUCAUCCAU